AUGAAAGAAUGGAGUGCACCAACGUCAGGUUUCCCCUACAAUUUCAAUGAGGUUUGCUUCGCGUUCUUCAAUCGCUACCCAAAUUCGUUUGCCAAACACAUUCACUCGGAAGACGUGCUUGAAAGAAAAAUCACUGAGGACAAGAUUUUCACGAAGAAGCUGAUAGUUAAACAAGGUAGCUCGAUUUUGAAACACGUACCCCGAUGGCUUUCACGAAUGACUGACAUCCGAAUAGUUCCCGUGAUUGAAGAAAGCAUAUAUGAUAAGACGACAAGAACAUUGACCACAUAUACUCGCAAUGUUUCACACAUGGAGCUCUUCCAUCUGCACGAAAAAGUACACUACAGGGAUUCUGAACAUUUGGAUGGACCACUGACAGAAGUAAACCGAGCCGUAUCGCUUGCAUUCAAUUCUGGAAAGAUGUCAUCUUUAUAUGAAAAGAUAACACUUCUUGGCUUUAAGAAGUCGAUAAAUAACACAAUGAAGGGAUUUACGGAAGUGCUCGAACUGUAUUUUGGCUCGCGGCAUCCUUUGCAUGAGAAUAUGGGUUCGCGUUUGAAACAGAAACUGAUGGGAGGACCUCAAGUUAUUCAGAAGAUCAAUUGCGAGGACUCAACU